UAAUAAUAAUAAUAAUAAUAAUAAGCCCCCUAAACAACCACACGUCCUGAUCGACCAUCUGAUCACGUGGGGGGCGGACACACGAUUACGAAGUUACUGGCGUGGCUAACGUGGCUCUGGACACCCAUUCAAAAUGGAGACACGAUCUAAGAAGAAACGUAUAGGGCCGCUUCCCGGGGGCGAUCGCCGGGGCACACCUGGAGCUGACGCUGGGUGUUUCAGCAUGCGAUCCGUCAGUGGUGUGGAGUUGAACAGGCGGGCUUCCACCAAAAAACAUGUGACAGCCGAAAUAAGUGACGACGCUGACCUACAAACAAACAGAUCCAACACACCACUGGAGCCAUAUAGCCCCAGUACCAUAUCAUACACACCAUCUAGAUCCUCAUCACCAUCUAUACCGUCGUCACCAGUUUCACACACCGUUUCACCUACUCCGGCCUUGAAUGUUGCGCGGGGGGCAAACGCCUUUUUGCCCGCGUCCACCAAGGCCGGAAAACCUAGAGUUCGCAUGAAGUGGAGUAAAGAAGUAAACAUAUUCAUCAUGCGAACUUACUUCUACAUAACAAAAUUAGAAACUGACAUGACCAUUUACAGGAAAGUCUUGCACGAACUCUUCUGUCGACAAUAUCCUGAGGUUAACGUAUCUGAACAGCGAAUUUCAGACCAAAGAAGAACAAUAGUUAGAAAUAAACUCUUAUCCCAAGAGAUUAUUGACCAAAUAAAAGAAGAAACACGGAAACAACUAGAAGCAGAAUCAGAAAAUAGUAGUAACACAGACUUGAGUCCACAAAACAUACAAACAAAUGAUCAACAAACACAGCCACUCACCCAGACACAACCUCUCAAUAUGCAAUCACAACCAUAUAACUACACACAAAUAACACACUCAUCCACACAAACAGAAUCUAUUACAUUAACUCUGGAAAAUGAUAUCGACACCUUAACCGCAGUAGAACAAGCACCAAUUACAGAAGAAUACACACAACAAUUGUACGACAAGUUCCAAACGACACUCACACAAUACUCAGGUAUGGAUCCCGCAUCACGACCAAGGCUACCGAAGCUCCUGUAUAAUCGUAACCUUUUUCGCUUAGUUAAUCUGUUCAAUGAAAGUAUUCUCGCUCACUUUAUCUCAGAAGACAACCAACUUACAGACUUACACACUAUUAUAUAUUGUACAGCUUUAGUUAUAUCGGAAGAACUCAAUUUCAAAAUAACAGAAAACACAGGAAACAGUAGGCCAAGGAUCAGCAUCAAGCCACCGUGGCAACAAAGAUUAGAAAAAGGUAUAGAAAAACUAAGAGCAGAUUGUGGUAGACUCACGCAAUACAUUAAUAACAAUAGAUCAAAUAAAGUAGUCAAAAGAGUAGAGGCCAUUUUCAAAAAUACACGCAUACACACUAGACAUGAAAAUAACAAUCGUACACCACACGAAUUCUUAGAUACAUUAAAACAAAAACUAGCAUUGAAAGUACACAGGCUUAGAAGAUAUAAAAAAGCACAACAACGCAGAAAUGAUAACGCUAUAUUUGCAAAAAAUGAAAAAAUAUUCUAUAGAAAAUUAAACACAUCACACACCAACAUAUCAGACAACCAGAGCACGAUACCAUCUAAAGAACAAUUAGAAUCAUUUUGGGCAGGUAUUUGGGAAGAAUCUAUUAGUCAUAAUGAUAGAUCUGCUUGGAUAACAGAGGAAGAAACAAAGUGGGCAGGUAUAGAUGAAAUGGAAUUUAUAGAAAUCACAGAAUCUGAUAUUGCAAAUGUAACAGGUAGACUACAUAAUUGGAAAUCCCCAGGAAUAGAUAAAGUACAUAACUUUUGGUAUAAAAAAUUAACUAUCCUACAUAAACACAUAGCUAAAAAUUUAACUGAAAUAGUCUUAGGAAAGCAAAGAAUUCCGGAAUUUAUAGCGACAGGAAUAACGUACAUGUUGCCUAAAGCUAAACACUCAUCGCAACCUUCACAGUACAGACCUAUCACCUGUUUGCCCACUAUUUACAAAAUACUCACAUCAGCUAUUACAAUUAAAGUCAACGCCCACAUAGAACGAUAUAAAAUAAUGGCAGAAGAACAGAAGGGAUGCAGGCGGGGCCACAUGGGGUGCAAGGAACAAUUAAUUAUAGAUUCCACUAUCCAUAAACACGCCACAUCAAAAAAUAGAAAUCUUCAUUGCACGUACAUUGACUAUAAAAAAGCCUUCGACAGUGUUCCACAUUCUUGGUUGAUUAAAAUAUUAGAAAUUUAUAAAAUUAAUAACAAAAUUGUAGAUUUUCUUCGCAACAUAAUGCCUCACUGGAAAACUACUCUUCAAAUUAAUACUACCAACGAUAACGUUGUUACGCGACAAAUUAGAAUCAAGAAAGGUAUCUACCAAGGAGACUCCCUAAGCCCCUUGUGGUUCUGCCUAGCAUUGAACCCUCUUUCCCAUUUGCUGCAGCGUUGCCAUGCUGGGUAUUGCCUCAAACAUAGUUCCGAUGAAACAGUUAUUUCACAUCUUGUUUAUAUGGACGAUAUUAAACUUUAUGCUAAAUCCGAUAAAGAUAUGAAAACAUUAGUAGACAUUACAGCAACUUUUAGUAACGAUAUCAAUAUGCAAUUUGGUUUAGAUAAAUGCAAGACCCUACACAUUGUAAGAGGCAAAAUACAACCUGGCAACUAUGUAGUAAAUGACAGAGAUAUUAUAACUGCAAUGGAACAAACCGAUUUAUACAAGUAUUUAGGCUACACACAGCUGAAAGGAUUAGAUCAUAUAAAAAUAAAAAAUUCACUCACCACUGAAUACAAAAGAAGAUUAAACGCUGUUUGUAAAACACAAUUAUCUGGUAAACAUCUUAUUAAAGCUAUCAACACUUUCGCUGUUCCUAUACUAACUUACUCAUUCGGUGUAAUAAAAUGGACUAAAACAGACACGGAACAACUAGAACGCACAACACGCACUACACUGACUAAACACAAUAAUUUACACCCUAAAUCAGCAAUAGAAAGGCUCACCAUUAAAAGACAAAAUGGGGGAAGAGGCCUCAUAGACAUCUCUCAUCUCUGCCAAAAACAAAUCUGUAAACUAAAAUCAUUCUUCCACUCGAAAUCUCAAACAAGCGACAUUCAUAAAGCCAUAGUCUCAAACGACACCAAUUAUACACCACUAAACCUAAAUGAACCAAUAGAUGUAGAAAACUUUAAUGAAACUGACCCACAAAAAGAAAAGCUAGAAAACUGGAAAAGAAAGGUCCUCCAUGGUCGACAUCCACAUGACUUAGAACAAGCCCACGUAAACACAAUAGCAUCAAAUAAGUGGCUGAAAAUAGGGAACUUAUUUCCAGAAACUGAAGGAUUCAUUAUCGCUAUUCAGGAUCAAAUUAUUAAUACCAAAAACUAUAAAAAAUAUAUUAUUAAAGACCCUACAGUAACCGAUGAUAAAUGUCGCAAAUGUCACAUACAACCUGAAACCAUACAACAUAUAACAGGAGCCUGCACAACACUCACACAAACCGAUUACACCCACAGACACAACCAGAUAGUAAACGUCAUUCAUCAAAAACUUGCACUCAAAUACACACUCAUACAAAACACAAACACACCAUAUUACAAAUACACGCCAGAAACUGUUCUAGAAAACACCACACAUAAGCUUUACUACGAUCGCGCCAUACUCACCGACAGGACAAUUCAUUAUAAUAGACCAGACAUAACAUUACAGGACAAAGUAAAUAAUAUCACCUACUUAAUAGACAUUGCAGUGCCAAAUACCCACAAAAUACAAAAAACAAUUACCGAAAAGAUUACGAAAUAUGCAGAACUCAAAGAUGAAGUGGCUAGAAUAUGGAAGCAAAAUAAAGUUUAUGUGGUCCCUAUAGUUCUGUCCACCACAGGUGUAAUACCAAACCAUCUUCUCCAUAGUCUCAAAUUGUUAGAUUUAAAAGAAACAUUAUACAUAACUCUCCAAAAAGCUGCAAUCCUAAAUACCUGUAGAAUCGUCAGAAAGUUCAUGCAAAUAGAAGACAAUGAGAUCAACCACCAGACUACACCCACAAACACAUAAAACUACUCACCACACCCUGUAUUUACUUGGCUUCGGCCCGUAAAUAUGGAUGAAACUAGCUUGAUAGCUAAGAAGAAAGUUUACUUUCCGAAAAUAAUA